UCAUAUGGAAGAACCCAAAUAAUUGUAUUGUGUUAAGGAAAGGAAGAAACAGAAAAUACACAGGACAUAAGACUUCUGUCACAGAGAGCAGUAGCUGAAGCUGAAAUUAGUGCAGAUUGGCAAGAAGACACCAGGAUGACCUGUCUGUUGACCUGAAUGAUUGUUCCAAUGAUGUUAUAAGCAGCAGUGAGGAUCUGACUUCCUUGGACUCUUCUCUUCAAGGCACAGAAUUUUACAAAGAUCUUGUACAAAUGGAUGCAGCAGAAGACUCCAGAUGUGAACAGGAAGACCACAAACUUGCUUCUCCUUCCUUCUGCAUGACUGAUGAAACCAAUAUCACACUUGACAAAGGUCAGGUCAUCAUAACUUACACCAAGCCCUUUAUCUGCCCUGUGUCCUGUGGGCCCGGAGUUGCCAUUGAAGAGAACUUGAUAGAUUCCACAACAGAAGGGGACAAAGGAUCUCACAGAUUACAUCUACCUAUUAAGUUUGAGGAGCCUAUUCCUGUCUUGGUGAGGUCACUGUCUACUUCAAGAAGACACAGCUGGGAUGAUGCAGUGUCACCAACAGAUACUGUUCGCAGAUUGAGUCUCAGUAAUUCGGAGAUAGACUGUGAUGGAGAGACGAACUUUGAAGCAGGAGCUACCACAACCACAGCGCACAGCAUGGAAUUACAUGGACCAUGGGUGACAAAUUCAAACUUGAGUAUACAGGCAGAUGUUGGGAAAGUUGGAGCACAGGAAACCAAUGCAGAAAACAAGGAAGUAGAUAGCUAUGGCAAAAGACUACGGUCAAAAUCUGUACCUUCUACACUGGAUAAGAUUUCAACCACCAGGAUUUCCCGCAGCUUAGAGUCUUCCUGCCCUGUUAUGGAAGUGUUCCCAGCUCCUCACCUGGAAACAAUCGAGAAGGAUCACGUGGAACCUACUCAUGUGUUAUUUGUACAGCAGGUGCUUCAGGAGCUCAAACAAUAUCAUGGGACUAAAAAUAAGCAGGAUGGGAGCAGAGAGCCUAAGCAGAAUCUAACCUGGUUCGAGUUCCUCUCUAACGAGCCGGAGGAAACAACAAAAACUGAGAAAGUGGAGAAAAGUACCAAGGUGAAGCGAAGGCUUAGCUCACUGAGGAGCAGAGUCACUGGAUCCUGGCAAAAAGAUAAGGGUAAGAUAAAAGAAGAGCAAAAAGACAAGGUCAAAGAGGCAAAGGACAAGUCGAUUAACACCAAUGGGCAUGAGCUGGUGCCAGGCUGCUUUUCCAGUCACGCCAAAUGCACUUUAUGCACCAGAGCACUUGCAAACAGGCAUGGACUGCAGUGCAUGUAUUGUGCUGUAAAUGUUCAUAAAAACUGCAAGACCUUGCUCCCUGAAUGCACCAGCAACAAACUGAAGAAAGACAACUCUCUAAAGUAUGUAACAGCUUCCCUGAGUUGCCAGCAAGCUUCUUUUAAAGAGAAUCCUCAAAUUGCCAUAGUGGGGCUGGAUGGAACUCAUGCUCGGGCUCGGGGGCUCGGAAUGACUGUCACCAACAGAGGAGGUUCACGAGUAGAAAUACAAUCCAAUUCAGGAAGCAGAGCUAGUACCAGCACAGCAGAGAUGGAUGAAGUAGAUUCUGGUUUGUCAAGACUGAAGAUUUUUUCUGAUGAAAAUGUUUCACUUGCUUCUGAUUCAGUAUUUUUGGAGGACUCGUAUACAAAUGUGAAAAGUGAGUUAGAACUUGACGCGCUGGAGUUUGAGGCUGAAUCGUGGAGUUGUGCUGUUGAGCCACAGUAUCUCAAAAAACAGAAGAAAGAGGUGAUAAAGAGGCAGGAUGUUAUUUAUGAGCUAAUGCAAACUGAAAUGCACCAUGUUAGAACUUUGAAAAUCAUGCUAAGGGUGUACUCACGAGCUCUCUCGGAGGAGCUGCAGUAUAGCAACAAGGAUAUACAGCAGAUCUUUCCAUGUGUGGAUGAUCUUCUGGAGCUACAUGUCAACUUCUUAGCAAGAUUCAAAGAGAGGCGCAAAGAAUCUAUGGAGGAGGGAAGUGAUCGGAAUUAUAUGAUCCAGAAAAUUGGCGAUAUCCUUUUGCGGCAGUUUUCAGGUGACAGCGGUGAGAGGAUGAGGGAGAAGUAUGGCAUCUUUUGCAGUCAGCACAACAAGGCAACGAGUCGUUAUAAGGACCUGUUGCGGGACAGUAAGAAAUUUCAAAACCUCAUGAAGAAAAUUGGUAAUUCUGCUAUAGUGAGACGGCUGGGUGUCCAAGAGUGCAUUCUCUUGGUGACACAAAGGAUUACAAAGUAUCCAGUUCUUGUUGAACGUAUCAUCCAGAAUACAGAAGAAGGGACAGAGGAUUAUGAAGCACUGACGCAGGCAAUCGCACUUAUCAAAGAAACCAUCACUGAUGUAGAUUCCCGUGUCCAUGAGAGUGAGAAAGUUCAUCGCUUGCUGGAAAUUGUAAGCAAAAUGGAGCUUAAAUCCUAUGGGAAGCUAAAGAAUGGGUUGACAUUAAGGAAGCAGGAUAUUCUCGGAAGGCAUUUGCUCCAUGAUGGUGUGCUGUUCUGGAAAACUGCUUCAGGUCGUUUAAAAGAUAUCCUUGCUGUUUUGCUUACUAAUAACUUGCUACUACUGCAAGAGAAAGACCAGAAAUACUCCUUAUCUCCUGUGGAUAACAAAACACCUGUGAUUUCCCUUCAAAAACUGAUUGUCCGGGAGGUGGCUAAUGAGGAAAAAGCCAUGUUCCUGAUCAGUGCUUCAAACACAGGAGCAGAGAUGUAUGAAAUACACACUAACUCCAAAGAAGAGCGAAACCUAUGGAUGACUUUAAUUCGUGGUGCUGUAGAGAGUUGCCCCGUACAAGAUACAGAAAUCCUGAAUGAGGCAGAAGAAGAAAAGAAACUCUUUACUGAAAGAGCUGCUAAAAUAAAAGAGUUUCAAGAACGCCUAAAUCAGAAAGACUGUGCCAUUGUUCGGUCCCUAAAUGAGAAGUUGCAGGCAUGCAUAGAUAUGGCAGAAUUAUAUGGCUAUGAAGACCUUUCUCAAGAACCAAGGAUAACUUUGCUUCCCAGAGCUGACACUGGUGAGAACCUUGAAGGGAAAGGCAUCCUACAAUCAGCAGUCACAGCAGCUGAGCGCAUCUACUACAUGCUUCUGUCACAAAUGGCAUUGCUGAACCCAGUUGAAGAGGCAAACAAUUCUGCUACAGCCUUACUAAGAAGAUCUGAGACUUUCGGAGGCUAUGACGCAGAUGGCUUCAAACAAAAGGUUAAGGACCGAAGGGCCGCAUCUAUAAGUGCAGACAGCCAAAUGCCAGAUCCUUCCCUGAUUGAGCCCAUAGUUUCCACUGUCGAUAAUAACAGCCCACCAGUAUGUCAUGAGACUGAGAUGAUUGUUUGUGUGGAGACCUUACUUCAACAUCUUUACAGCCUACAGGUGGUGAUUUCACAACAGGAUAGUUACGUUGAAGUUCUAAAAGAGCGUGAAAAACAGUUCGGACAGCAAUCUUCCCGUGGUAACAUGCUAUUGGAGCAGGAAAAGCAGCGUAACUUUGAAAAGCAGCGAGAAGAGCUUGUCAAUGUGCAGAAGAUGCAGGAGCAGCUGAGAUUAGAGAGACAGAGGUGGGAACGGGAACGGGACAAGCAACAAAAAGAAUCAGAGGCUAUGGAGAACAUGUUAAAGCAACGAAUGGGAGAUAGUGAACUCCAAAUGCGAAAACUACUUCAAGAGCGUGAAGAACUGGAGGCGCAGAGAAGAGAAUAUCAGCUUGAUUUAGAAAGACUUCGAGAAUCUCAGAAGGCUGUGGAAAAAGACAGAGAACGCCUGGAGUUGCUGAAGAGGCUUAAAGUAACCAGUGCUGGAGCUGGGUCAUUUUCAUCAGACAUACCGUUGGCACAUUCUGCAACUUCUAAUGGGGAAGGAAUGCUCAGUAAAGAGGGAACUAGCCAUUUACCCAUAAAACCCCUUGCCAAAACAACCAUGUCAAUGUCAGCUGCUGACUACCUAGAGAGGCCAGAAGUGACUCGCAGGGAAAGCAGUAUCUCAGACAUCCGUCCAGCACUUAAAAAGGAAGUUCCUAUUCAUUUAUUAAGUGCAACCAACCAGAUCCAGAAGCAGGUAGCUUUGACGAGACAGAAGAUCCCCACCCAUCUUGCAUUGGACAAAGUCAAAGAAAAGACCAGCAGGGGAAAAGCUUCCCAUCGAUCAGAGAGCACAGCAUCAUUAGACCACAGACUGGGGUUCCCAUCCAAGCUCUCUGGAAAGGAAGAUGGAAGUGUAAGAAGCAGAAGGUCUGCAAGUCCAAAUCCAUUAAGCAGUCAACUUUUAUUCUUUCAGCAAGAUCCUGUAGCACAAGUGGAACCUUCACCUGAAACACCACUCUAUACACCUGUUUUAUAUCGACCAGGCAGCUCCCACCUCCUGCCGCCAUCCUUUCCUCCUCAGCCCCCGCCACCUCCCGCUGAAGAUGAGGGAAGCAAAGAAGAUGUUAUUUUUUUCUAACAAGUUUGACAUCUCGUCUCCAUGAUGACAUUGUUACUUUCUAGAUCAUCACCUCCACCACAAAGGCCUUCCCAAACCUGCCAUGAUUCGCACAUUGAGGCUCACUGUGAAGAUGAACUUGCUGUGUCCGUUAUAUUGGAUUGCAAGUCCAUAGUCUGUCUUAUUAUGUUGUUCUUUGUAAAAUGUAUAAAGGGAACAUGCAAUAUGUUAUGUGGAAAAAAAGCAUAAUGAUUGGGGGCCAAGCAUCAUUUGUUUUGAAUAACUGAUUUUGUAACCUGAGAAAAUGUUAGAUUAUUUUUCCUAAGCUUCUCACGCCUUUCUUAAUCAAUGUUUCAGUAUUGAAAUUGUCUAUAAGAUCAUUAUGAUGUAAGGAUUCAUAGAACCUCUAAUAUGUAGAGCACAGAUUCUGAUACUCUUGCACCAUUUCUGUGCCCUUGUAAAACGUAUUGAUGGAUUUUUAUGAUGGAUGAGGGUAACUAGUACAACACACCACUUCUUGCAGUGUGAUCAACAUACUUGCUUUAUAUUAUAUGAAUAGAUACAUUUCCAAAUGUUUUUAAGUAGACUUUCAUAAUAAUGUCUGAGGAUUUAAGCCGCCAGUACAAAAUAGAAGGGGCUAUACACAAAGCUUAUUCUGUAUUACCUAGAAAGCCUCACUGAUUUGUAAAAUAAUGGCUGUAUCAGAGCCCCCUGUUUUUUUUUGUUUUUUUUUUUAUUAAAUAGGUUAACAAACAUUUUAAUGUUUUACUCUCUCAUAGGACCAAUGUUUGGUGACAGAAAUUCUUUGUUAAAUAGAAUAGAAAUGGACUGAGAACAAGCCAAAAAAUGUUUUUAGCUUUCCUCCAUGUAUAUAUGAGCAUGUCAUUUUUUUUUUGUUCCUUGUCAUUUUUCGAACAACACACACACCCACACCUAUUCUCCUACAGAUGAGAGUUGAUUGGUUUUCAUUUUAACCUGUUCCAUGGCAAAUUUAUCAGAGAUUCUCAUUCCUUCUGUAAUUGGAUUGAUUCAGUUCUGAUGAAUUGCUUCAGUGGAGCCGAGAGGGCUGGACCCUUAAUAGCUGAUUAUAAACCCAUAUUAAUCAUCCUUGGCAGGACUCCGUCCAUUAGAUUGCCCAGUUCUGAACAAAUCCUCAGUUACUCAGAAACACCCUGUGGAAUAUAUAGUGCCAUUAUAAUUUUUUUUAAUCUGUAUUUUGUGUAUAUAUAUAUAUAUAUAUAUAUAUAUAUAUAUAUAUAUAUAUAUAUAUAUAUAUAUAUAUAUAUAUAUAUAUAUAUAGUGUGUGUACAUUGUAUUUACGUGGUGAUUUUAUGUGAGCACUUUAGAAGAGAAAUGAAGAGCACAUAUCUGUUGUAUAUCUAAGGAAAUGCUAAUUUAAUUUCUUUAUUCAGGUGCAACAAAUCAUUGUUUUCUCCAGUUGUGCAAAGGUACUAGCUUAUUGAUUCACUACUGUUAGUACAAGUUUAUCUAUUUGCUGUUUCUCAACUAGGUCUAACAACCCUUUUAAUCAAUUCAGUGCAUGUGAUACCAAGGGGUGUGUAUUGUAAUUGGACUCAGCUUUCCAGUGCAUCACAUUGUAUCAUAUAUUCCCAAGGGAUCAUGCUGUAUUGCACUAUGUAUAUGCUUUAGGCCCCAUGGGUAAAACACUACGUGCUCCGAGACUUUCAGUGGGACCUCUUUUUUUUUUUUUUUUUUUUAAAAACAGCACAGGGCUUAAAUAAAAAUAUUGUUUAUAUAGCACCGGCAAGUUAAAUAGUGCUUUAUAUUUUAACAUAAUUAACACACAUUACUGUAAACUAAAAAGGAUUAAGAUUGUAGGGUUCUGUUUGCAACAUUUGGACCAAUGUGCCUAAAUGGCAUAGUAGAUCUAUACUCGGUGUCCUAUAAAGAACAUUAAAGAUAUUUAGAAGUAGCACACCUUCAAACACCAAAAGGCAAAAAUAAGGCCAGGAUUGCAAUUAACAUAAACUGUGACUUGAACAGUUUAGGGGAUGUCACAAAACUGCACCUGGGCAAACUUACUGUUUUAUUUUAUAAUCCCUUGUCUUGGUAAGAACUGUGUCAGUUUAUCUGAUAUAUAGAUCAUUGAUCGCGGGGCCAGUUAAAGGGAAUUCGUUCUUGAGAAUCUUCUUUAUGUCAGGAAAGUGCAGAUUGUUUCUUUUGAAUUUGUAGGCUCCUGCUGUGUGUCACAGUGAUGUCGGAUCUACCACCCAAGUGUAGGGGGCAGCCAGAAAAACAAAGAUCUUACAGAUUCCUGCUGCUAGAGGAAUGUUUGGACCCCAUUAGUUUGAAUGACGCAUGAAAAGUUGAAUAUAAAAAUGUAAGUGAUCAAAUCUGAAUGCAGCAAAUUGUUUUUCAGAAAGUCACUUCAGAAAUUGUAACGUUUGCAAGCGUUGUCUAAUUAUUAUUUUUAUAGAGAGAAAUGUAUACAUGCACAUCUUUUCUUUGUUUGGCCGGCCUGUGCUUGCUUACACCACUAGCCAAAGAAUGAUUAACCAUUUUUUUUUCUUCCUGAAAGCAAAAAAUCUGCUAACCUAAGUAAUUUACAUGAUUUUUAUUUGUAAUAAAUCAAUAUGUUCUCUUAAUAGCAUGGUUACAGUUGCAGCAGGCAUCUGUGUUGGGCUAGCUAGAUACCACCAGCAAUGGUUAUGGGAGCACUCUAGUCUCUGAAGGUAGAGUUGCUAGGCUGCCAACGAAUAGCACAUUUACUCAGAAACAUUCUUUUCCACAAUGAAAUUUUAGGUCUCCAUAGAAAUAGAAUAUGUUGGAGGCAAUAUAAAAAUGUUGAAUAUUGAUGUGCACUUUGUAAAUAUAUUAAUACGAAUUAUUUUUCUUUAAAUCGGCUAUAAAUGCACACUUUUUAAAAAAAGAAAAGUUUUCUUUGGUUUUUUUGAAUGGACAAACAGCACCCUGCAUCAAAAUGAUAAUACCACUAAUGAGUCGAGCAACAUUUAAUGGUCCAGCAAUUGGUAUCAUGGCUUUCUGGCUUCCUUUUUCUUUCUUUAUGAAUGUAUCAUUGAUUUUGCAGGAUUUUGAAAUCCAUCUUUUUGAAAAGCUGUUUGCUUUCAGCAAUAAAAAGAAGAAAAAAACCCUGAAA